GUCGAUACCUCGCUGAACACCUUUAUACGUGAUUACACCCAGUUGAAGGGAACUAAAUUCAUGUGCCGUGAAGGAGGUUGCGGAUCAUGCGUUGUCAGCGUUAGUGAAGUUCAUCCGAUCACCGGAGAUAUUAUCACAAAAUCCGUAAACUCGUGCCUUCUACCGGUAUACUCCUGCCAUGGUCGAGAUAUUGUAACGACCGAAGGAAUUGGCAGUAAAACCACCGGCUAUCAUCCGGUUCAACGGCGGCUAGCCGCUUUUAAUGGGUCCCAGUGUGGCUACUGUUCGGCAGGCAUGGUGAUGAGCAUGUAUAGCCUAUUAGAGGCCAACCAGGAUGCAGUCACCAUGCAUGAAGUAGAGGAUUCGUUGGAUGGCAACAUAUGCCGAUGCACCGGCUAUCGACCCAUUCUUGAUGCAUUCAAAUCAUUCGCAACGGAUGCCAGUAGCAAUAUCGUCACAUUGUGUCGCGACAUUGAGGAGAUAGGAAUAGGAAAGGAUUGUUCGAGGAAAAUUUGCAAGAAUGUUUGCGGAAAGCUCCGCAACUCAUUCGGAGAAAAAACGAUUCAUUUAAAAGAAAAAGAUGGAAAAGAAUGGUAUAAAGUUUUCAGUGUUAGUAGUAUUCAGGAAAUAUUCAAAACCAUUGCCGAUAAACAAUACAUGCUAGUAAAUGGUAACACAGCACAUGGAGUUUACCGUCGACGAGAUGAUUUGGAAGUGUUUAUUGACGUGAGCUCGGUAAAAAGUUUACACGAAAGAUCAAUCGGACAGGAUCUGACUAUCGGGGCUAAUGUAUCUCUUAGUGAGUUUAUAGAAAUAAUGAAUGAAGCCGUUCGAGAAAAUCUGCGAUUUCAAUACAUGAAGAGUCUAAUAGAACACGUACGGCUGGUUGCGAAUCGUUCAGUACGUAAUUUCGGAACCAUAGCCGGCAACCUAAUGAUAAAACAUCAACAUCCUGAAUUUCCCUCCGAUAUAUUUCUUUUGCUUGAGACUGCUGGAGCAACAAUAUUAAUUGAAACGGAUUCGCUGCCAAUCGUUGUAAGCCCAAUGGAAUUUUUAACAGUGAAUAUGACUAAAAAAAUCAUCGUUAGCAUUACGGUGCCUUCAUUAGAUCCUACCAAUUCCGUGUUUAGAUCGUUUAAAAUUAUGCCAGUUGCCAAAAAUUCUCGUGCCUAUGUCAAUGCCGGAUUCCUGGUGAAAUUUUGCAGAACGGGAAAAAUUUCUGAGCAAGUGACUAUUGUGUUUGGUGGCAUAAAUCCUGCUUUUGUUCAUGCUUCGCAAACUGAAAACUUUCUACUCGGAAGACCACUAUUGAAUAACGACACCCUGCAACAGGCAGUGCAAAUAUUAUGUACUGAGCUGGAACCUGACUGGGUUCUACCGGAUGCUUCACCUGCCUAUCGGAAACAGCUAGCAAUUUCAUUAUUUUACAAGUUUGUAUUGAAUCUGGCUGUCGAUGAUUCUGUUGAGCUAGAUCCUAAGUUUAAAAGUGGGGGUUCAAAACUACAGCGCCCACUUUCAAUGGGCAAGCAAAGCUACGAUACAUAUCCGAAGAAAUGGCCAUUAACGCAAAAUAUUCCAAAAAUAGAGGGUUUAGCGCAAACCUCUGGAGAAGCCGAAUAUAUCAACGACAUGCCCCAGAUGGUGAAUGAACUGCAUGCUGCUUUCGUAUUGGCUAAAGCGGUUCACGUUCGAAUCGUAAAGAUCGAUGCAUCGAAAGCGUUGGCUAUUGAAGGCGUGAUUGCAUUUUAUUCGGCCAAAAAUAUACCGGGCAUUAACAAUUACAUGCCUCUCGAGCUUGGCAAUAGCGAGGUGGAAGAAAUUUUCUGCAGUGGAGAGGUCAAAUUUCAUAGCCAACCGAUCGGUUUGGUUGUUGCCGAAUCAUUCGAGCUGGCGAAUCGCGCUGCCGCAUUGGUAGACGUAUGUUACGAGAGAAUCCCCAAUAUACCACUGUACGUCACUGUUCAGCAAGUAUUAGAAAACCAUGCGUACCAUCGAAUUGAGAACCAAGGCUUCGAUCGCCACGGUGCUCUGUACAGCAGAUCCAGCGCACAAGGACCGAUUAAAAUCCAAGGUUAUCUGAACUUAGCUGAUCAGUAUCACUAUUCGAUGGAAACCCAGGCCUGCUUCUGUGUGCCGAAGGAAGACGGCAUGGAUAUCUAUUCAGCAACUCAAUAUACUACGCACGUUAUGAUAGCAGUUUCUGAGGCUUUGAAAGUUCCCCAGAGCCGACUUAACCUAAGCGUCCGUCGAUUGGGUGGUGCCUACGGUGGAAAAAUUGCGUAUUCAGCACAAAUUGCUUGUGCUUGCGCUGUGGCUGCGCAUCUGUCACAGCGUCCCAUCCGCAUGAUAUUGCUCAUGGAAUCUAAUGUGUCCGCCAUCGGAAAACGUAUGGGGUCACGCUGCGAUUACGAAGUGGAUGUAGACCGUGAUGGAAAAAUCAAUCGAUUAAACUGCACUUACACUCACGAUGGAGGAGCUUCAACAAAUACAAAACUCGCCUUCAUGACCAGCGAUGUUUUUAAAAAUUGUUAUCUCACUGAUCGUUGGAACUUAGUGGGUAACAUUGCGCGAACUGAUGUACCUCCAAAUACCUGGUGUCGUUCGCCUGGCUCGUCAGAUGGAAUUGCUAUGAUAGAGAAUAUUAUGGAACAUAUUGCUCACGUCACUGGCAAAGAUCCGUUGGCGGUUCGUAGGGUGAACAUGUCGAGGGAAAAUAGAAUGAUUGAACUAAUGCCAAAAUUUCGAAAAGAUGUCAAUUUUGAUGAACGCAAGAAGGAUAUCAAUAUGUUUAACACGCGAAAUCGUUGGAGAAAACGUGGCAUUGCGAUAAUUCCGAUGGAAUACCCGUUGGAGUAUUCUGGUACUAGGAACGCUUUGGUUUCAGUUUACAACAUCGAUGGUUCGGUGGCGGUUACACACGGUGCCGUCGAGAUGGGUCAAGGUGUCAAUACGAAGGUAGCACAAGUGAUAGCUCACUUUCUUGGCGUUCCGUUGGAAAAGAUCUCCGUGAAACCAACCACAUCGUUAACGUCACCGAACGACUCUGCGACCGUAAAUAGUAGAGCCAGUGAAACUGCUGCUUUUGCAGUCAAAAAAUGCUGUGAUAUUUUAUUGGAGCGUCUGAGACCUUUGCGGGAAGCUAAUCCAACCGCACCGUGGGAACAAAUAACUGCUCAGGCCUUCGCUGGUAACAUAGACCUUACGGCAUUCUACCAUCACAAACCCUCAGACCUGGAAGCGUACGUUAUCUGGGGUCUGACCUGUGCCGAAAUCGAGGUAGACAUCUUAACCGGAAAUGUUCAAAUAACUCGCGUGGAGAUAUUAGAAGAUGUUGGCGAGAGUAUGAGUCCUGGAAUCGAUAUCGGACAAGUAGAAGGUUCGUUCAUCAUGGGACUUGGAUAUUAUCUCACGGAAGCGUUGGUAUACGAUUUCGCGACUGGCGAGCUAGUGAACAACCGUUCGUGGAACUACAAAGUUCCCGGGGUGAAAGAUAUUCCGAUCGAUUUUCGGGUGCAAUUUCUGAGAAACAGCUCCAAUCCCCACGGUGUACUACGGUCGAAGGCGGUGGGAGAGCCAGCGUUUAGCAUGACGCCAGUGCUGACGUAUGCGUUGCGGCACGCUUUGCGUUCUGCCAGAAAAGACGCAGGACUAGCCGAUGAUUGGAUUCCAAUGGGUACCGGAAUAACUCCAGAAAAGAUCUUCUUGAUGGCUGGAAACUCAAUCGAUCAGUAUAAAUUAAAUUGA